GUUGUUGUUGAUGAUGAACCUUCCCACUGGCCACGUCUCUCAUCCAUGUACCAUGACAGAGAAUGUGUGUGUGUGUGUGUUUGUUUGUGUGCGCUUGUAUGUAAUAGAGAAUGUCCAGUCCUUCCACUCCACCUUGCCUGACCACAGUGACCAGUGGAAAACUCCACUGUUUCUUUCCCUACCUCCAUUAGAGCAUUAGUGAUCCCAAUAUGCCUUUCUCAGCUCUUAUCUCCUACCCUGGGAUAGCCUGGCAACAAGGCAUCCCUCAACCCCUCCCUCUCCCUCCCAGCCAGCCUAGACUGUUUACUCUCUCUGGGGGUUAACAUUUAACAUUUACACCGGAGCACCACAGCUGACUAGAUAAUCAGGGAUUGUGGACAGCACCUUCCCAAGUUACUUGGCACUUUGGCUGGCAAACCUUUGAAGUGAAUUGUACGAUGGGACCUCGGACAGCUGUCACUCCAUCCAAGGAAAGAAAGAUGGUGUCUGGGGGGCAUGAUAACAGUCUUAGUAGUGGCAACAAUGGGUAUUGUAACAGAGGUCCCAUGCUUACCCCUACCUCACCUGUGCUGUCAAACCCCAAAUCAGUGCUGAAGAGACAAGUGAGUCCAGAGGAGCUCCAGAGACCAGGAGGUCCAUACAUAAAGAGGACGUUUACAAUUGUGGGUGAUGCAGUGGGCUGGGGCUUCGUGGUCAGGGGGAGUAGGCCAUGUCACAUCCAGGCAGUGGACCCCAGUGGCCCUGCAGCAGCAGUAGGAGUGAAAGUGUGCCAGUUUGUGGUCUCUGUCAAUGGUCUGGAUGUCCUGUCUCUGGACUACAAGACGGUCAGCAACCUCAUCCUCACUGGAUCGCGAACUGUGGUCAUGGAGGUUAUGGAGGAGUCUGAUUGCUGAGGAUGAGGUUGUGUUGUAUUCGGUUACAGUCAACUUAAGGCCUCAGUAACCCAUUGGCUCUUGGUGGUGGAAAGCUUAGAGUAAGAAUGUGGACUGUAUUGGCCGAAACAAAUCCAUAGAAACCUUAUGACCUUGAUAUGGAGCCAAAUGGACUUAGCUACAUGAUCGACCUGAGAUGCGGGUCACAGCAACAGUGACCCCACAGAAACCUGAUGAGCCUCACUGUGAAGCCAUGUGUGCUUACAUCAUCAGUCUGAGACUCUGACCAGUGUUCCGUGGUUAACAUGGAUACAGCUUGUGUUUUUGUUCUCUCCCAGCGGUUUAGACUUUUGACCUGUGCGCCUACUCCUUGCCUGCUGUUUGCUUUUCCAUCCACUCCCUUGUUUGCGCCAAUGGAGGGUCCCUUCCUAGAAAGACAAGUACUUAGGGUGUUGUUGAUUAAGUGAGGUGGCACAUAUUGUAAACAACACCACACUUUGUGACGUGGCAGAGGUGUUUUUGAAUAGAAGUUGUUUUGAUGAAUUAGCUUUGCAUUUUGCUUUGAAUAUGUUUGGCAUUGAAUUCUAAAGUUUGGUAGCAGGAGUAACUUAAACCUUGUAUUCAUAUUGGACUGAAAAUAGCACAAUACUGUCAAACUGCAGACCACAUACUUUGUGGCAGCAUAAAAAGGCUUGAAUGUCAUCUUGGUUUCUGAUUCCACUGCAAUAUUUUUGGAAGCCCACAAUACUGAUAAAAGUUCAAAUAAUCAAUCAGUAGUAGCCUAUCAACAUGUUAAUCUUUUUUUAUUUUUGAAACAACAAAUUAUGUCAAAGCACUUUACAGAGAAAUAGAUAGAUUAUUACAUUUACAUUUACGUCAUUUAGCAGACGCUCUUAUCCAGAGCGAUUAUAGCAGUGAUAUUGUGCUUUUUGUAAAAUAUGUCAAGUGUAAUGCAUGAUCACAUGGUCCAACAUAAGGUAUGAAGGACCAAAAGCACUAAAGGAUUUGUACUUUUAUAUAGCCAUAUAGCCUGACCCUAUACAUUUGCUAUGGUCAACUGAUCUUUAAAGGGUAUUGGUGCAGGCCAGGCCAGCAAAGAGUAUAUACAUUUGUGUUAGUGUCUGAUCAGUGUGAAAAUAUUUUAAUUAGCCAAUGAAUUAACGAAAUAAAGUAAUUCAAUUUAAAAUGUUAGCAAAUGUGUAUUUGUAUCAAUGUUUAUGAUAUUAAAGCAAUGAUCAUCACUUGCAAAUAAUACAUCUUAUUAUCUUUAAAAUAAGGGCUCACAUCAAAUUAAGCAAAUUAUUUUAGCAACAUCACUGGAAUAUUUUUUAUUUUCAUCAAGAUUAUGGAUAGAAUUGUAACGGCUUCAAUCUAAUAGCAAUAAAGUAAGAGCAUUUAUUGAACAAUGACAUGAACUUUAAACGGCAAUAAAAGUUGAAAUGAC